AUGUCAGCCGAUACGGAAAAUGAAGUCGAGGCUAAGAAAGCCAAACUGGACACAGAAGAGAAAGAUGUUGAACACACAGAAGAAGCCAGUGGAACGGAAACCAAGUUAAUGGAGCUCCCGAGGAAGAAGUUCUACAGACAAAGAGCUCAUGCCAAUCCAUUAUCUGACAGAGAAAUGUUUCAUCCAGCUACUCCAGAAACGUAAGUUGGUGCCCAAAUGUGGCAUUUUCUUUGUUUUAUUAUUUAUUCUUAAAUUGUUAACGAAUUUUUCAAACUUCAGAAUGGAUUGGAAGGAAUUCUUUGGAGAACAAUACACUGGAGACGCUUCUAAAGUAGUUAAUGCAGAUAUUGGUUGUGGAUACGGCGGGCUAUUGUUCAAGCUGUCCGAAGUUUUUCCUGACGAAUUUUCAGUUGGCUACGAGAUAAGGCACAAAGUAGGUAGAUAAAUUUUAAUUUUGAAAUUUAAUUUUUAGGUUAGUAAGUACGUUCAAGACAAGAUUACUGCCCUAAGACACAAUGAACCCGGAAAGUACCAGAAUGUGUGUUGUAUCAGGACUAAUGCCAUGAGGUUCUUGUCACAUUUCUUCCGAAAGGGUCAGCUCUCAAGGAUGUUCUUCUUGUAUCCAGAUCCACAUUUCAAGAAGAGUAAACAUAAGUGGAGGAUCAUCUCGCUUCCUUUGAUCUCUGAAUACGCCUACUUGAUGAAGACUGGCGGUAUGUUUCAUAUAUCGUACCUUUAGUAAUUAUAAAAUUUAGUUUUUUAAAAUUUCAUUAUUUUAGGCAUGCUCUAUACAGUCACUGAUGUGCUCCAGUACCACGAAUGGGUGUUGGAGAACUUUGCGGCCACGAAGUUGUUUGAGAAGAUUCCUGAUGAAGAGUUGAAAGAAGAUCCUAUUUUCCAGUUUAUAUUCGAUUCAUCAGAAGAGGGCAAAAAAGUGUCCAGGAAUGAAGGCAGCAAAUACCACGCCAUUUACAGGAGAACCAACUUGGAUCCUGCAUUUGAACCCAAUUUCAACAAGAAAGAGGAAGUGCAUUCUGACACUGAAGAAACAGAAGAUAAAGCUGAAGAAGCGUCAGCAAACGAAGAAGAGCCGGCCAAGGAUAACUAA